AAUCACACAAGAUGUCAUACCAGGUCUAUUCUGUUCCUUGUUUGAGAUAGUGACAGAAGAGUAUGACAAUUCACAAUUUAUACAUAUUUUCCAAAAAUGGAACAUUAUUGUACUAUGCGGAAUGGAACAGGUUGAACAAAUCUGGAAUGACGAAAGGAGAAGAAGCAAAGUUAAUGUAUGGAAUGUUAUUUUCUAUAAAAUCAUUUGUAAGUAAAAUAUCACCAUUGGAUCCAAAAGAAGGAUUUUUGUACUAUAAAACUAGUAAAUAUACAUUACAUUACUUGGAAACUCCAUCUGGAUUAAAAUUUGUAUUGAAUACUGAUAAUGUUACACAAAAUGCUAGAGAACUGUUACAACAAUUAUAUAGAGAGGUAUAUUUAGAAUAUGUGGUGAAAAAUCCUUUAUGUCAAUUAAAUGAACCUAUUCAAAGUGAACUGUUUAAACUAAAAGUUGAUGAAUUAUUUAAAAAAUCUCCUUUAUUCUUAAGUAGAUCAAUAUAAAGUUUAAUAUUGAAUGUAAUUUAUAUUUAAAUAUAAAAAUGAUUAAUGAUGUUA